AUUGCAAUUUUAUUAUCAAAUACGGAGUAAAUGACAUCAAGUCAUCAACUACAAUAUAAUUGAUGCCAUCAUCAUCAUCGAUCACCUCUAGCUUCCAUUGCCGCUCCCAAAUACGUACGUAUCAUCAACACCAUGGACAGCCUUCUCUAUCUUUCUCUUCCGAUAAUCAUCGUUCUUCUUCACCUCUUCCACCAUUUCAUUCUUCACCGGCUGCGAAAUCUGCCGCCGACCCCUUUCCCGGCGCUUCCCAUCGUCGGCCACCUCCACCUACUGCGAAAGCCGCCGCUUCAUAAGGCGUUGUACGACGUCGGGAAGAGGUACGGACAAGUCCUCUUCCUCCGGUUCGGGUCGCGGCCGGUGGUCCUCGUGUCAUCGGCGGCGGCGGCGGAGGAGUGCUUCACCAAGAACGACGUCGUCUUCGCCAACCGGCCCAAACUCCUCACCGGGAAACAUUUGGGGUAUAACUUUACCAGCCUCCCCUUUUCGCCGUACGGGGAGCGGUGGAGGAAUCUCCGGCGAAUCUCCACCGUGGAAGUGCUUUCCUCGUACAGAAUCCAGCAGUUGGCCGGAAUCCGUGCUGAGGAGGUCAAGGAGUUGGUCCGCAAUCUCUUUCACCUCUCCACUUGUGAUGGCAUGGUAGAACUGAAGCCGCCUUUGCAUGAUUUCACCUUCAACGUGAUGUCCAGAAUGAUCUUCGGGAAAAAGUAUUACGGGGGCGGCGCCGCCGCGAACUCCGAGGCGGCGAAGCUGUUCCAAGAAAUAUCAAGAAACCAAAUAAGAGUGAUUCCCAAAGCCAACGUUUUGGACUUCCUGCCGUUCAUGAGGUGGUUCGGGUUCGGAGAUAUCGAGGAUGAGCUGGCGGGGAUCUUCGAGAAGAGAGACGAGUUCAUGCAGAGGGUAAUAGACGACCACCGCUCCGGUCUGUCUCACGGCCGCCGCCGGCGUGAAUCAACGGCGGCGGGGAGUAAGACCGUUUUGGAUGUUCUGUUGGAGUUGCAGAGCUCGGAACCGGAAAGGUAUACCGAUGAGACCAUCAGAAAUCUUUUGCUGGAUCAGAAGUGAGACCUCCAAUCUCUGACUUCGCGGAUCAGUUACAAGAUCCUAGCCUUCUCCGUGUCUAACCUCCCGGAUGGCUUCAACAUCUGACCUAGCAACUCAGGUACAAG